GAAAUUUUUGCUGCGACUUGAUCUUGCAUGCCAGCGCAUUGACUGAUCCCCGUAACCCGCUGCAUUUCUCGAGUCGAUCAGCUUGCCUUGAGAGAAUCUGCAUAGCGAUAGUGCGGAACCUCAUCUCGUUACGUUUAACGGCUUAACGAAAAAAACACAAGUCUUAGUCCUUGCGUCCCAGCAGCAUCCAGGCUGCGUGCGGCCUCCGUCGGUUGCUGGACUUGCACGCGACAAUCUGGCCUUGCCUGUCGGACCCUGAAAAAAAAUGUCGACCAAACGAAAAGCUGCGGCGGCAAUCGCAAAGCCAGUGGUGAAGCCAAGCGCUAAAGCACCGGUAAAGACCAAGAUUGACGAAGCCAGAACCGCAGUCUCAACUGGGUCAUCCAACAAGCCAGCGCCCAAGCAGUCGGCAGAGCCCAUCGAAAUCUCGAGCGACUCGGACAGCCAGUACAGCUCAUCUGACAAUGAAGAUGGCGAGAGCGGCGACGAGAGCAAGGAAGUGGACGAAAAGAGCAAACCGGCUGGCACUAAGAGGCUAAGAAAUGGCCAGGGUGAGGCGGAUGAGGAUGCGGUGAUGCAGGACGGCGGGGAAAAUUCAGAUGGCGAACCGACAUCACCAACCUUCGGCGACCUCGUUCGUGGCAACUCCACCAUUGACGUCCCCGCGUCUUUGGCCGCACAGGCAGCGGCCGCGCAGACCUCGCGUCACCCAGUCCAGCGACGAUCGGCCGCGCCGAUCAGCGCCACCUCGCUCGGAACUGUUUUGAACCAGGCCCUCCGGACGGACGACGCCGACCUGCUCGAGUCGUGCCUGCAGACCACCGACACCAAGAUAAUAGAGAACACGAUCAACCGCAUGGACUCGGCGCUGGCCGGCAGCCUCCUCUCCAAGCUCGCUGCCCGCAUGCACCGCCGGCCGGGCCGCGCGUUUGGCCUGAUGCGCUGGAUGCAGUGGACGCUGGUGGCGCACGGCGGCGCGCUCGUCGCGCGGCCCGACCUCAUCGCCCAGCUCGGCGAGCUGAGCCGCGUGCUGGAGGAGCGCUCGAGGGGUUUGCCCAGCCUGCUGGCGCUCAAGGGGAAGUUGGACAUGCUGGAUUCGCAGAUGAAGUUCCGCAAGUCGAUCAAGGCCGCCGGCGCCGGCCGGAGCCGCGGCGGAGACGGGGAAGGAUCCAGCGGAGAGGACGAGGAUGAUGUGGACGAGCCCGCGGUCGUGUAUGUCGAGGGCCAGGAGACCCUUGGGAAGAAAGGGCUCACCAACGGGACGGCUGGCAGAGGUGUUGUCGACGAGGAUGACGAUUCUGCCGCCGGUGAGGUCGUCAUUUCAGAUUCGGAGGAGGAGGAGUCUCAGGAAGAGCUGGAGGAAGGAGAAGAAGAGGAGCUGGCAGACGCCGAGUCCCUCGACGAGGACGAGGUCGACCACGACGACGUGGAGGACGAUGAGGAGGAGGAAGAGGACGAGAGCGAGGGCGAUGACUCUCGGCCUCCAGCAAAGGUCCGGAGGGUGUCGGAGAGGAUUUCAAAACGGAAGUAAAGAAGCGGGUUGAUAGAGCGGCAUCUUGCA